CUACAAACAACAUUAAAUCGCAAUUCAUUUUAACAUAAAACGAACUGCGCGCAUUUAUAAAUUCAAAACUCCAAUCAUUUAUAAGUACAUUUGAUAAGAAAUUAACUUUGCCUAUCAUUGCUUUUCCGAACACAAUCUGAGAAAUUUUGUGUGUGCAAAAUUUCUUAUCUCCUUGUUUUUCUUACCUAGGCCAUUUUUAUGGUUUUCUUUAUUCUCAUUUGGCUUUGUUUUGUUUUGAGUUUUUCUAAAUAACACCUUAUACUUUGACACAUCUAGUCAUUUUAUUUAUUUAAUUCAUUUUAACGAGCCCAGACCUGGAGAAUUACUUUCAAAAUUUUAUUUUCCUCUUUUUGGGUACAAGGAACAAAGAACACAUAACCUAAGUCCACUACCAAUUCAUAUGUGAAAAAUACUCUUCGUUAUCGAACUACUCAUUCUAUCACCUAGUCAUUUUUUCUUUAUUUUCGUCUAACUGUAAAAUAGAAUGAUACAAAAUAUAUUUAAUAAAUAAAUAUUCUUUUCAGCAUUGACCAUUUUAAGAAUUUAAUUUAAUAUCUAAAAUUUAAUUCGUUCCGUCAUGAUCCGUCAUAUUAUGGCUACUGGAAAUCUUGGUUUUGGUGCUGGUCUUGCUGCAACGCAAGUUGGACUUUGUGUUGGUAUUUCUGCAACUAAUAUUGUGCUUGACUGCAUAAUUGCUGCAAAAGAUGCUGGGAGAGCUGGAACUCGUGCCAUUUACUCGUAUGAGCAAGCAAUUGAGCGAGUGAUUUUUAAUGCGAUUGGGGCUACUAGCGAGUUUGUGCAGCAUCCGACACAAAAGAUGACGGAGCAUGCGAACACAACCCUUGACUUUCUGAACGCCGCCACUGACAAGAUUUUCCGUCUUGAACCUGCUGAUGAGCGUCCGGAUAGUUCACUUGUGGAACGUGUCAAGACUUUGGCUAUGCGUAUUGGUGGGGCUGUUAAGGAAUGCGCCAGCACCUUUAUCUUUGACCCGGUUUAUUAUUCGGUUGCUGUAGUCAUUCAACAGCUGGGAAGGUGUCUCGUUCUGGUUGAUUAUAUGCGUAGUGGCAAGGACUGGACAUACAACAAAAUUAGUAAUGGAACGACUGCGACGGUUGCACUUUGCCGAGCUGUGACGGAUCAAGCUAUUCGUGUCGGGACUACUCCGGGCGCUGUACUUUUGGACAUCAUUCGUCAAAGUUCUAAGCGUCUCGAGGAACUGUUGGGAAAUCUGAACGAAAAGGGAUCUCAGUUGCUCACUUCCGGACUUCAAUAUCGCGUUCAGGAAGUUAUUGCCUGGUGCCAGCGCAUUUGCGAUGCUUUUGCUAAGGCUCGAAGCAUUGAGCAGGUGAAGCUUAAGGUGCUUGAUGAGACGAAGAUUUGCGUCAACGAUAUGAUGACUUACAUUAUGCGUGCAAGUCUUGGUGGAGGUUCACCGGGAAGGCGUGGCAAUAGUGUUGCGGAUUAA